UAGACAGCUUACAGAGCAAGAAGACGCCUAAAUAGACUUCUUCUUCUUCUGUACUCGACUCUGCAUUUCCCAAAGAGUAAACAAAGAAAGGCGAGGAGGGAGGUUGGUUGGUUGGUUGUUGCUUCCUUCACCUCGUGAAAAUGAACGGCGGCCCAUCUGGUUUUCACAAUUCUUCUGUCACAAAAGCAUUCGUCGUUGCAUGUACCCUUUUCACAGUCAUUUUUGGGAUUCAAGGCCGUUCAUCGACGCUUGGAUUAUCUUAUCAGGAUGUUUUCGGAAAGUUUCACCUUUGGAGGUUCCUUGCAUCACGUUUUGCCUUCUCAUCAACACCAGAACUAAUGUUUGGAUUGUAUCUGCUCUACUACUUCAGAGUAUUUGAGAGACAGAUAGGGUCAAAUAAAUACUCAGUCUUUAUCUUGUUCUCCAUGAUCGUCUCAUUGCUUUAUGAGGUCCUGUUAUUGUUUCUCGUUAAAGAUCCCUCUAAAGUGCUAGCAUCUGGGCCCUAUGGUCUCAUAUUUUCUUCAUUUGUUCCAUUUUUCUUUGAUAUUCCUGUUUCAACGCGAUUUCGUAUUUUUGGAAUUCACUUCUCUGAUAAGUCAUUCAUCUAUUUAGCUGGUAUUCAGCUUCUUUUAUCAUCUUGGAAAAGGUCUAUUUUACCAGGCUUGGGUGGCAUUCUUGCUGGCGUCCUAUAUCACAUGAAUCUUUUUGGCUUCCGUAGAAUGAAGUUCCCUGAAUUUGUCACAUCAUUCUUUUCACGCCUUCCAUGGCCCUCUGCUGGAGGUUCAUCUCCUACAGCAUCAAGUGGCAAUAUUAUUGCAAACAUGCCUUCUUACACAGGCCGCCCAGUGGAGGGAAACUACCCUUCAGUUCCUCUUGCAUCCACUACUAUGGAGCCACCUGAAGACUCCAUUGCUACUCUGGUCUCAAUGGGUUUUGACAGACAUGCAGCUAGGCAGGCUCUCGUGCGGGCUAGAAAUGACAUAAACAAUGCAUCAAACAUCCUCCUCGAAGCACAGGGCCAUUGAUUGAAACCCAGCAAAAUUUUUCUUGCAAACGGCUGCAAAAAGGAAGCUGGGUUGGUGUGACUGAAGAGUGAUCACUAUAUAUCCACCCAGGGGAAAACAUUAGAGAGAAGACUAACCAUCCACUAAGACCCAGCUCAAUCUGCUAUCUGGAAGCUGACAAGGCACUCAUGGUACCAUUACUAUUUUCUUAUUUCUCUGUCAAAUUCCUUAUUCUGAGUUCUUAAUGUCAAUAUAAUCAAAUUAUGAACUAGUGGAACUCUGAGAAUAUGACCUUGUGCAAUUGGCUUACAGUGAAUUCGCUUUGCAUGUUAGUUCAAAUGCACUGCAGCUUUGUAUAGUUGCAGCUUAAAAA